UUACACUUAUAAGUCUAUUUUUGCACAACACUAAAAGGUCUGUGACCGUGAGGGGAAGGUGAUUUCAAUUCCUGUUAAGUGCUGUAAAGGGACAGAAUAUAAACCACAGGUGUAAAGACACAGGCCUCUCCAGACCUCCCGCAACCUUUGGAUUUUUCAUUUUCCAGACAACCGUCGCACAAAGCUUUGGGCAGCUGGCACACUUACAAAGAUGAAAGUAUUGGUCAUCAUUCUGCUCCUGCUGUGCUGUGUCAGUCCUUUAAAAGCGGUCACCAUAGAGUCAUGUCCAUUGGCCAUCGGGAGCUUGCUAAAGACAGAGGUUGAGGAAACCGUCACCCUAACUUGUAAGACCGAUGCAGGUAUUGAACCAUCCAACUCCGAACUGCAGUGGUUCCGCAAUGGAGCCAGAGUGAAUCUGGCACAAGAGAACCGCCAGUCCCGGAGUAAUCUGUGUGUACAGUCUGUCAAGAAAGAGGACAACGGAGUCGUCUUUACCUGUCAGCUGAAGGGGGACGCAAGUGUGAACGGCUCCAUUAAGUUCGACGUCCACUACCCUCCAGACCUUAAUGACACUAAAGAAGUGUUUGUUGAGGAAAAAGAUGAUGUUGUUCUGUCCUGUGAUGUACGUGCCAACCCUCCUGUUGCUCUGGUUUGGAAAAGGGAUGGUAAAGUUCUGGAUCUGACCACGGGUAGAUACAAAGCGACCAAUAACGGCAUCACCGCUGAGUUGUCAAUCCGAAAAGCUGAGCGGGAUGUACAUCAAGGAACGUACGUCUGUGAGGUAACCUCAUCCGUCUAUGGAGUUGUGAGCAGGACUUUUACGGUUACGGUUGAAGAUCGAGUCCUAAAGUUCCCUGUAGGGCCCACGAUUGCUGGAGUGGUGGUGGUUUUAUGCACAAUUGUGUUGGCACUCAUCUCUAGGAGGGAUAAAAUUAUUAAGUGCUGCAAACGAAAUUGAACAUCUCCAAAUGGAAUUGCAUCUCAGGCAUUCAAACCAUUGAGCAUUGAGGAGAACAGACUGGAAUUCAAGCAGCCAUUACUGUACUGGUUGCAAAUGGGAUGGAACCAGGAUGGCAUCCCUCAUAAAUAUGAAUUACUAACUCAAAAAGAUGUUUUGUUAUUGUUAAAUUAUAAGGUGAAAAUAUGUCUGUCAAACAACUCUUUAUCCUUGAUUAUUUCCGCAUGUGUUUCUCCCCAUUCUAAUGUUGUUGAGCAAAUACUUUGUCUCUGAGUUAUGCUGCAAAGACACAGCCUCUCCUAUAUAUUGUGUUUGUUGGAGAUACUGUAAAAUAAAGUCAUUAAAGUGAAUUGCAAUAUAUUUUAUAUUCUCAAGGACGAGAUUUGACUUGUGUAAAUAGUGCAAAAAUCAUUAACCUUUAUGAUUUUGUUAAAGGUUAAAUUUAUUUUCCACUUUAUUAUAAGAUUUGGAUACUUUCGCUGUUUUCUUGGUUCAUUGUCAUUCUAAGACAAAUAAAAAUUGAAUUAUAUUUCAAA